CCGUAUCAUACUAUCAUGCAUGAAACUUCCUACCUCUUUCCGACUUUGACCCUUUUCUAAACGAACCAUACAUCCUCCAAACCACUAUAAAAACACACCAAUUUUCCUUGAACCUUCCUCUUAAUUUCAGUUUAUUACCUACUUUCGAUCUCUUAUAUCAAUCCCAGAUCAGAUCAAGAUUGUAUCAAGAGUAACAGCCUCUAUUAAUUUCAAAACUUCUUUGAGGCAAUUUGUCGAAUGGCUGGCAUGCUACCCGGAGUCGAAAGCGCUAGGCGCAGGAGGUUACGUGGGAGUAGUGGAUGGUCUGAUCCGUCGUCUGUCGUCAGUUCUGGUUUGGGAUUUGCCAGAAUUAGAGUUUCUAAUAAUACCCAUCUCACACCCACUUCGUUAUUGCAAAGAGGCAUGGUGAAUCAAUCAGAUGAAGAUGAGAAGUUGGGUGGGGCAGCCAGAGAAGCCAAAGAAAGACUUGAUGGGAGGUUGAGGGGCCAUUUAAAAGUAGAAAUUAAAAGGCAAAACAAUCAAGAAACUACUCCAGUGGUGAUGGAAGAUCUGCGUAUGGAGAUUUGCAGGUCGAAAAAGAAGCUUCGAUGGGGGAAAACGUGGUUAAGAUGGAAAUCAUUGGAACAGAGACUGUGAAAUAAUCGGAAUCAAAGAAAAAAAGUGUUGUUGGUAUGGUAAUGUGCUUAUGAUCUGGGCUGUUAGUUUCUAGUCUUUUAUUUGGAAUCCUUUGAUUGUCUAUAUGUAUGAAUAUUAAAAAGAUCACGAGUAAUGGUAGUUGGAAGAAUAUGCUUCAACUGACAUCCAAUACUUACAAUGACAAAAUCAAACAACUCACUAUUGUAGAUUUUAGACAUGUUAUUUGAUUCUAACAUAAUAUCUCUUUCAUAUUUUAAUAAUGUAAACUCUUUAGAACUCA